AUGCGGCCAUCUCAUCAUCUAAGCAUGAGUUCGGUGGGUUUUAACUAACUAUCUUGUGUCUUAGGGAGGUGCUAAGCAACUCCAUACAUCAUUAAACAUGCGUGGUAAUCUUGCCCGGGGAAAGAGCCAGUCAGGGCCACAUGCUCGUUCCGGGGAAAAGCCCAAAGCCGAGUUAUAAUCAACCCGACCUCUGCCCUCGAGGCCAUUUUACUUUUUAAAAGCAAACCUGGCGUCAACCAGUUUUCCGGCCCAUCUCUCGGCCCUGGCUGCCGAGGCCCGCAGCCGCGGAAACCAUGCGAUUGCCGCCAGGCACAGCGUCCAGGUGGAGUGCAUUCCACAACCCGGUCUCGUGCCGGCCCGGCUCAGGCCGCUGCCGAGUUUUCGCCGAGAUUCGGCCGACCCACGUCUUUUGCUCCGCCGCAACGACACUCGGCGCAACUCCCAAUUUAACGUCUGGUUGACUCGUAAAAACAUACCUAUGCUUCAGGCCAAGUUCAGCCAGGACCUGCAGUCGGACGAUGGAACUCAGCCUCUUAUCACCAAGCUGGACAAGUAUACGCCGGAAGAACUCAAGGAAUACCGACAAGUGUUCAAUAUGUUCGAUACAGGUAGGCAAUUUGAAACUUUUAAAAAUAAAGUUUUUAAAAUUUCGGAGAUUUAAAGUAAUUUUUGUAGUUUUUGAAUCAAAAAAUUGGAAAAAGAUUGGUAGUAAAAGUAUUUUUUGAAGUUUAUCCUCAAAUUACUAGACCUAAUAAGUUGUUUUUUCAAAGUUCCACAGUAUUGUAUCUGUUUUUGUAAUUCGAAAUUUGUGAAAAACGGUUAGCGUGUUAAUUACAAAGCUAACGAGGUUACUCAUUAACCAUGGGAACCGUUUUCAGACCGCAGUGGAGCCAUAGGUCUAGACGAACUGGAGAAUGCCAUAACAAACCUGGGAAUGGACCCGAAGCAGGUCGACCUGGAGAUGCUGAUAAAGGAGGCGGACAAGCGCGGCAACCACCAGAUCGACUUCGACGAGUUCUGCGAGGUCAUGAAGACGAUGAGCGAGAAGACCCAGUCCUGGAACGAAGUCAUCAAAGAGUGCUUCACCGUGUUUGAUCGCGUAAGACCAUUUGCAUCAUAAUCCUCUCGAUAUUGUCUCGACUCAAUACUCUUUCUACCGCUUCUCCUAUCUGAAUUUAAUCUCGGUUUCCACUCUCGAUACAAGUUUAAAAAAAUUACCAAAGAUCGAGAAGCUUCCUGUUUUAUCGCAAUUCUGUUUCAGAGCGAAAACGGACUCAUCUCCAAACGAGACUUCGAGUUCGUGUUGAGGGAACUAGGGCAUAUCACUAACAACAACUUGCUGGAUGAGUUAUUUCUCGAGUACGACGUAGACAGCGACGGGUUUAUUGACUUUGACGAAUUCUCCUUUCUGGUCAAGAACUACUUGACCGACGACGACGUUUUUUGA